AUGGCCCCGUGGCGUCUGAGUGACCAUCUUCUCCUUCUCCUGACCAAAUUAGAAGAAGGAAUAACUUCCUUCUUUGACCUUAACAGUACUCCGGACACAUCUGUGACCACACAAUGGCAGGCACAUAAAGCGGUCGUUAGAGGCCUGCUAAUCAGUCAAGCAUCACAUUUAGAUAAAAAAUCCAGACAAGAAUAUAUAGAUCUUUUGAGGUCCCUAAGGGAAGAAACCCUUAAGCAAACCAGGGCCCCAACUUCCUUUACGCAACAGCGCAUAGAUGACUUAAGAAAGGAAUUGAAUAAUAAGCAUUUGCGAGCCACAGCCCUCAUAACAUACAAACUAAAAUAG